AUGUUUCGCAGAGCCAUCCGCAAACUAUCUACAUCCGCCGCUCGAGGCGCGGAGAGCUUGGUAGCUCAAGCGGAAACUAAAAACCAGUAUGGAAUUAGGGUAUCCAAGGCACAAGGCUCAGUUAGUGGCCUGACGGGAGCUAUCGGAAACACCCCCCUCAUCCGUCUGAACCGUCUCUCCGAGGAGACGGGCUGUAAUAUUCUCGGGAAGGCGGAAUUCCAAAAUCCGGGUGGAAGUGUGAAGGAUCGUGCUGCAUUAUAUGUCAUUAAAGAUGCCGAAGAACGUGGCCUGCUACGCCCUGGGGGCACUGUAGUCGAAGGAACUGCGGGAAACACUGGUAUCGGUCUUGCUCAUGUCUGCCGAUCCAGAGGAUACAAGUUGGUAAUUUACAUGCCAAACACACAAUCCCAAGGAAAGAUUGAUCUUCUCAAACUUCUCGGAGCAGAGGUGUAUCCUGUACCUGCAGUUGCAUUCGAAAACCCAGAAAACUACAACCAUCAAGCGAAAAGACACGCGGACUCUAUAGACAACGCUGUCUGGACAAAUCAAUUUGACAAUACCGCUAACCGUAGAGCGCACAUCGAGACAACCGGUCCCGAGAUUUGGGCACAAACAGAAGGAAAAGUCGAUGCUUUUACCUGCGCUACGGGGACGGGGGGAACUCUGGCUGGUGUAACACGGUACCUUAAAGAGGCUAGCGAUGGCCGAGUGAAAUGCUUCCUUGCCGAUCCACCUGGCUCCGUUCUCUUUAAAUACAUCUCCAGCGGUGGGAAAUUAAUCGAACGUGGUGGUAGCAGUAUCACUGAAGGCAUUGGUCAGGGCCGAGUAACAGACAAUCUAAAGCCUGAUAUUGACCUCCUGGAUGGCGCCUUACAAAUUGCAGAUGAGAAGAGUAUUGAAAUGGUGUACCGCUGCCUUGAUGAAGAGGGCCUUUACAUUGGUGCUAGUUCCGCUUUGAACGUCGUCGCUGCAAAGGAAGUCGCCGAGAAGCUGGGCAAAGGACAUACGGUCGUUACGAUGCUAUGUGAUGGUGCUUAUAGAUACGCCGAUCGUCUGUUUUCUGACUCGUGGCUGAAAAGUAAAAAUCUCAGAGAUUCGAUACCCAAGCACCUUGAGAAGUACAUUGUCCUGCCAUGA